AUGAGGAACGUGAAUCCGGCGGUUCCCAGCGCCUGCACCCCAGUCGGCGCGGCUGGGUCCCCGGCGGGCGAGGGGCGGCCAGGCGCUGCCUUGGGGAGCGCCCUGCGGCCCGAUUCCCGCGCGGGGCGUAGUGGCCCCGCCCGUGGCUCCGCCUCCGCCCGGUCCCGGCACACCUGGCCGGCAGGUAGCUGGCGCCCGGGCGCGGUUCUGAGGCUCUCGGGGUCUGCGAGCGGCUGGGCCCGUCCGCCUAAGGGAAGCGCGGCGGCGGAAGCCAUGGACCCUGGCCUGGGGGCCCCUGCGACAGCCGAGGGGCCGCCCGCGCCCCGGCCCCGCCGCCGCCGCUCCCUGCGUCGCCUGUUCAGCCGCUUCCUGCUGGCGCUGGGCAGCCGCUCCCGCCCCGGGGACUCGCCGCCCGGGCCGCAGCCCCAGCUCCAGCCUGGCCGCUGCGACGGCGACGGUGAGGGGGGCUUUGAUUGCGCCCCGGGCCCGGCUUUAGCAGCGCCCGGGAGCCCCGGGGAGGAGAGCCCGCCGGGACACCAGCCCCAGCGCCCCGCCGGCGACGGCGCGCGGCCCACUUGCGCGCAGGGCUUAAAGAACCACGGCAACACCUGUUUCAUGAACGCCGUGGUGCAGUGUCUCAGCAACACCGACCUCCUGGCGGAGUUCCUGGCGCUGGGCCGCUACCGGGCGGCGCCGGGCCGCGCCGAGGUCACCGAGCAGCUGGCGGCGCCGGUGCGCGCGCUCUGGACCCGCGAAUACACAUACCAACUUUCUGCGGAGUUCAAGAAUGUUGUUUCCAGGUAUGGCUCUCAGUUCCAAGGCCAUUCCCAGCACGAUGCCCUGCAGUUCCUGCUCUGGUUGCUGGAUCACGUGCACGAGGACCUGGAGAGCUCCUGCCAAGGGCCAGCGCCCGAGAAGAUUCAGCCUGAAGCCAGUAAAACCUCUGAAAACCUCCCGUCGCCAUCAGCUCAGCUUUCUCUAGGUCAGAGUUUUGUGCAAAGCCACUUUCAAGCCCAAUAUAGAUCUUCCUUGACCUGUCCGCACUGCCUGAAACAGAGCAACACCUUCGACCCGUUCCUAUGCGUGUCACUGCCUAUCCCCUUGUGCCAGACAAGAUUCUUGAGCAUCACCUUGGUCUUCCUGUCUAAGAGCCAGCGGUUCCUGCAGGUUGGCCUGGCCGUGCCAAUCCUCAGCACAGUGGCAGCCCUGAGGAGGAUGGUUGCAGAAGAAGGCGGCAUUGCUGUGGAUGAGAACCCAGGAUCUCUGUUCGCCAUCCGGGUUGUGGGGCUUUCUCUGGCCUGCAGCUACUUAUCCCCACAGGACAGCCAGCCCCUCUGUCACUGGGCAGUGGACAGGGCUUUGCAUCUCAGGAGGCCAGAGGCCCCUCACACAUCAAACUGGCCGUGGAGUGGGAUAGCUGUGCCAAGGAGCGGUGUGGAAGCAGCAACCCAGCAAUGGGCCAGUUAUAUCAUCAGGUGGUUGAAGUUCAGUGAGGAUCCUGGCCAUGGGAACCCCAACUUCCCCACAAAGAGGAAAAUUUUACUUUCAUUUUAUUCUGUUGUUCUCCUUGAUUUCUCUUUUUUUAAACAAAUGUUUGCACUGUGCAUAUAAAUAAAGACUGGU